CCGCGCCCCGCCGCGCUUGUGUGCACCCAGAGCCCGAGGCGGGAGGAGCGCUUCGCUCCGCUCAGGGGCGCGAUGGGGCGGGCGGGCUGGCGGCUCCCCGCUGCGCCGGCGAUCUUCUACGGGGCGCUGGCGGCCUUAGUGCUGCUAGGGGUGCGGGACGUGCUGUUCUUCUACGAGGAGAACCGGUGCAGCAUGACCUACAUGUACGAGUACCCCGAGUACCUGAAAAUAAAAUUACCCAAGAAAACAGCCAGACGAUACCCAGCAUAUGAGCUCUAUCUCUAUGGGGAAGGGAACUACGCUGAAGAAAACAAGAAUCUCCUUUUGACAGGAAUUCCAGUUCUCUUUCUUCCUGGGAAUGCUGGCAGUUACAAACAAGUACGUUCCCUUGGCUCCAUUGCACUUAGAAAAGCAGAAGAUGUUGACUUCAAGUAUCAUUUUAAUUUCUUCAGUGUCAACUUUAAUGAGGAGUUGGUUGCAUUGUAUGGUGGUAGUCUGCAACGACAGACCAAGUUUGUGCAUGAAUGCAUAAAAGUAAUUCUUAAAUUGUACAGGGAUCGAGAAUUUGCACCGACCAGUGUUGCAAUAGUAGGUCAUUCCAUGGGUGGUCUUGUGGCAAGAGCAUUGCUUACUCUGAAGAAUUUUAAGCCUGAACUUAUAAACCUCCUCAUUACGCAAGCCACACCUCAUGUUGCGCCUGUAAUGCCUUUAGACAAAUAUCUUACCGAUUUUUAUACAGCUGUAAACAAUCAUUGGAUUCUAAAGGCCCAAGAUUUAAGAAAUUUAACUACCCUUUCUGUGGCGGGAGGAUUCAGAGAUUACCAAGUUCGUUCAGGACUGGCUUUUCUACCAAGAUUGAGUCAACAUGACAGUGCCUUAUCUGUUGUGAGCUCAGCUGUGCCUAGAGCUUGGGCCUCAACUGACCAUCUCUCCAUAGUGUGGUGCAAAGAAUUGAUCCUGGCUACAAUUAGAGCUUUUUUUGAUCUCAUAGAUGAAAAUACAAGGCAGAUAACUGAGGAUCCGAAGAAGAGAAUGUCUGUACUGAAUCACCACUUUGUGAGACACCCUGCAAAGAUAUUUGAGGAAAAUCCUGAAGCUUUUACAGAACUUGCAGGACCUUUCAUGUGGAUUACAGUCAAAGCCUCAAAAUGGACUUAUUCGGUUUACAAUGAUUCUGAUGGAAAAUAUUUCACAUUUCCUCUUGCAAGCCACAGAAGAUCAUACAGUCAUGUUUACUGUGAAAACACUAUGUUGGACACAAGUAGCUGGAUUUAUGGCUGUAUCAACAGUAACUCAUCAAUGUGCCGGGAAGCUAAUGAUUUAUCCUGGAGAGCUGAGCUUCUUCCAACCACUAAGGUUGUAAUACUGAAACUUCAGGACUAUCCUUCUUUGUCCCACAUUGUCAUUCAGGUACCACCCACAGUUGGCAAUAAGUACACUUUGGACUGUGAAUUCUUCAAAGAUGAUUCCAGAACAGUACAGCUUCCUGUAACACAUCUUUUUUCAUUUGGGUUUACUUCAAGCAAAAUUCUAUUAAAUUCAAGUGGCUUACUUUACAAUGUACAGCUCCAGCACUUCAACCAAAUAUAUCAAGCUUUCAAAAUUAAUAUAGAGAGCCACUGCCAAUCACUCCAAGAAAGAAAACCUAGUGUUUACAGACUUCAUAUACCCUGGUCACAUGAAGACUCAAUAAUUGUAGCAAAAGUUCCGUCUUUUACUGAGAUUUCUGCAAAACUGCAUAUUGCUCAGCCUCAAAAUGACAACAGGGUUCCAGAGUUAAAUAUUUACUCUUCUUCAGACUGUCAGUAUGAAGUAAUUCUGAAGACGUCACUCUUGCAGGUUCUUGGGCAAAUAAUAAGGUUCCAUGCUGGCGCUCUUCCUGUCUAUGUUGUUUCUAAUAUUCUUCUUACUUAUGGAGGACAAUUAAGCACACUGAUCUCAACAGGCCAGUGUUCAGACUUUUCCCUUGAACUAGUUAGGACAGCUAAACCCUACAAAGUAGAACCUCUUAUAAGCAUUGUUGUGUUUCUGCAGAGGUUUAACGGGUUUAGAGAGAUAUGGGAAUCGCUGUCACUACCAGAGGUGGAUACUGCUGUACUGAGCAGUCAGGAUGCAUCGUUCCCCCUAGUGUCCCUGAUUCUGUUUCUUUUUGGGACAGGCAUUGCCUACUGGAGUGGAGUAUUUUUCUCUACAUCUCUGAGACUCUUCUCUUCCUUAUGGUUAACUCUGAUUAGACCUACAGUACUUCAAAAAGCUAAGUUGAUUACACCCAGAAGACUCUGCGGGGUGUUAUCCCUGGCUUUGGUUAGCUGGACAACUUGUGGUGCAUUUGCUGUAUUCAUUAUUUAUCUUCAAUAUUUGUUUAAGGUUAUAAAACUACAUGUGAAUGUAAGAGCAGAACGAAACGUGCUCAGUGGGGAUUCAGAUGACUCAAAAGAAUCUUCACAGAACUCCAGUAUACACACAAUCAAAAACCAGAGUUCAGCGGACAGGAUUUCAGAAGCAAAACAAUCUCUUUCCAACAUUAUGACAAUGCCUGAAGCUGUUAACAGUCUUAAGAUGCAUGUUACAAUAUUGAAUUUAUUCACAUGGAUUGUGCUGCUCAACUUGCCAUCCUUAAUUUAUUGGUUAAAAAAUCUCAGGUACAAUGUGAGACUUGAUCCUGAUCCAUGUAGGUCUACAGCUAUUAUCAUCAUAUGCGUUAUAGAAAUACUCAUGAAUUCAAGUACUUCUGAAGUGAAAUCAAGUAAACUCUUGAAGAUCGCAGCCAAAGUUCCACUCCCUUUGUCCGUUGCAAUGUUGGCCUUUGGACGAAUGCAUUUAUACAAAGUACCACACUUUGUAACCUUUUCUCUUCUUCUGCAUGUGCUGUGUUGUAUUGUGUAACGUUCUCCGUUAUACAUAGGAAGAACAGUGCAGCCCAGAAGCUUAACACUGGAGAUGGGGUAAAUCUCAAUGAAGAAAUGCCUAGACUAAUAUCAUUGCUAGUUUACAUUAUGUGGGAAAGAGGACAGAACUGUGAAUACUUUAUGAAAAGUUUUGUGAUUCUCUUCGUGUUGCUUAGAAAGCUUUUCAUGGUGUUUACUUGCUGACUGUGGAAAUUAAGUGAAUUAACUCUGUGUGUAUGUGUAAGCACAUAAAUCACAUCGGUGUUAACAUCUCAAUACUCUAUUUGCCUUGCAGACACUUGGAUAUUUCACUGUACUUCUUUGUUGAAACAGACUUUUUUUACUCACUAUGCCAAACAGUGCACAUGUUCUGAACUUGCAUCUCCUGCAGGUCUAAAUUAUGCUGGUUAAAACUCAAUACAUUUCAAGCACACUGUGACUAUCACAAAAACUACAUAGCCAAGUAUACUUUUAAUCAUUUUAUGCUACAUUUAAAAGCUGCCACAGUUGUGUCUACACAAACUAGAAUGUACUGCUUAUAUAGAACUGUUAUUUCUAUCAAAUCAUUUGUUCAAUCAGUGUGAGUUGAACAUUUGUGAGAUACUGAGAGUCUUAUACAUUUUACUUUUUGUGAGAGUGAGAAAACAACAAUAUUCUGUGUAGCUUUCUAUUCAGGAAGGAUACCAGCAGAUUCAUAAACAAUUUGCUCUAAUGUUGUUUUAAAACAUUGUCAGUUUUCUCUAGAAUUUUGUCAAUUCUGAAAUUAGUCCUUGGACCUUGUCCAUACGUAGAAGCUAGCAGAUGUUGAGGUAUGGUGUGAGUUGACAGUGCAGUUGCUGUACCGCGCUGUUUCCAAGUAGACAGGGCAGGUUUUUUUUUCCUAUUGCAAAUGGAGAACCAACGGUCUCCUAAUAAAUCUCCAUAUAUGAAAUGAAUAUGGAAUAGUUACAACACUGUAAUUCAUGCCCUGCCAUACAGCGCUAACUUCUCCACAUGGACAGACUCUUAGUAAUAGUGGGAAAUACCGUAAUUAUUAGCUCUGUAUAAAGUAUUUUCUUAGUGCCUAGAUGCUACAGUGACUGCCAUUUAUAAUAAAGUCUAAAAUAGCUCUGUGUAAGGAAUCCUGUCCCCUGGGUAUGUGUUUUCCCAACAGAAGAAAUCUUGGUAGCCAUUAGAUUAAAAAGAUAUAUUGAUUCUGUGUAGAGAUGAGCCACCUACGUGCUUCUGUGUUAGCCGUCUUUGCUCCAUCUGAGAUACCUGUUAUCUUCAUAUGGUAAUACUAGACCAGCUCCAUCAUCUUACACAAAUAAUAAGAGGAAAUCUGCUAUCCACAUUCAACCCAGUAUAUUCUUGAUAUAGUAGUACAGCCAGCCUGACCCAUUAAUUUUAGCGUAUUUCAUUAAUCUUGCCUAAAGUGCCUCAGUUCUAGUGUGUUGCUAGGGUCAAUUUAUUUGAAGCUGGCUGGAGAGACUUAAUUGACACAGUAGCUUUCCAAAAUGAAGGUCAAAUGUGAAGUGUGUGUUUUGUCAACUUAUAUCCAAGUCAGUUCAAGUUAUCAGUAAUUCAUUAAAACUGCUUUAACUGAGUAAGACUAUUGUAGUUAGCCAAACCACUGUCACUGUUACUAGUAAUCUGUGUGCUGGUAUUCUAGUCUUAACCCUUUUAAAAAAAGGUUAGAUUAUACAUAGUGUUUGUAAAUCAGAAAAAACAUUUGAAUAGAUUAUCUUGAUACUUUCUAAUCAAAUGUAUGCUACAGUAUAUGUAUGUAAGAUAAUUUGUGUGUCUAAAUAUACUUGUAGCUAAAUCCACCCGUUGGUUUAACCUACAAAUUGCUGUUCAGACAUAGAAGGACAUAGUAGUUUUUCUACUUUCAAAUGGCUGUGAGUGAAAGAUGGUGGCAGAACUGCAUUGAGGCUUGUAGAAGGCCGUCUGUGAAAUGUGCAGGAUCUGAUUUCUGUGGAAGAUAAUUUUCCUUGGGCUUCAUGGUCCUUUUGGCUUACUACUGUAUUUUACUUCUGAUUUUGUUUUGCCAUCUUAAUGGGCUCUUUAUGCACGAAUCUGUUUGUUGGAGCUGUUGGUGGAAUAAAAUAAUAAUCAGAAUAAGGAGAGCAAACAGUCUCUGCGUGUAGUAGCUUUGAUAGCUUCCAAAAUCUGCCAUAAUGUGAAACUUAGUGAAUUAUAGCAGCAUAGAAUAACACAAUUUUUCUCAUUUAAUGAUAUUUUUAAAAGCUGGGAAUUGUAUUGAGAGUUGUUAUUGGUCUUCAUGAAAUGGGUUACAGAAUUUUGCAUAGACUCCUACCUGAUUUUCACAUUGGAGGUAGGAACAGAUAUAACCCUGAGUCUGAGAUGCAAGAUGACAGAAUUCAUCACAUCUCCCUCAACACUCCCUUUUUUCGGAGAUGGUUUACCUUCACUAGGGGAAGGAGAGAAAGUCUUACUGCUACUUCGGAUUUAUGUGCAUUCUGUGUUUUUUGUUAGAUGAAAACUGUUCUCAGAGAGGUGCAUCUGGAUUUUGCAGUGAUUCUGGAUGGUAUAAUUUCAGCAGUUUGAGAGAUCAGAUGUCUAAUCCCAACUAGGUUUUCUCAAAUAAUCAGUGGAGGGGGAUAGGAUUAGAACAAGUCCAGAGAACAAUUCAUCCCAUUCUAAGAGAUGAUGAAUUAUCCUACUUGCCAUUCUGAAAAGGGCAAGAUUUUCUGACAGUCUAAAAUUGCUUUCCAGGUAAAAUACAAUGAUUGUUGUUACUUUUGGAGAAGAGGCUUCUGUUAUGCAAAUCUUUAGUUCUGCCACCGUCCACAAUUAUAAUAUCAGCAGAAACAUAGGCAAACCCAAUAUAAAUACUUUUAAUUGUGUGUAUGAGGAGGUGUAAAUAUUACUAAAAUAUCCUUUAUUAUGAGUAGGCUGCGUUUAUAAAACAGCUUUUGGCAAAUAUUUUGUAAUGUCUCUUACUACCCUUAACUAAAUGAAAAUACGUUUAUUCCUCAGAUUUUAGAUUAUCUAGACUAUGUGGGAGAAGAUCAAGACACAAAUGACCUUGUAAUAGAUUAGACCUCUGCUUUAUAAGGGAAGAUUUCUGUUAACAUGCAGACCCAAAUUCUGUUCUCUCCUUUUUCAGAAGUUGAGGUAUUAAUUUUGCAAAACCACUGCUCUUCAUCCAUGUGGAUGUUCACCACAUUCAGAUGGAGAUUAUUAUGCCACAUAAUCAAGCAUUUUGGUUGAGAUUAAGCCACCAUUUUUUGGUUUGUACCUCAGGAUGCAUUCAAAAUAAGAACUGUUUGUGUGCCUCAUUUCCAAUAUUUUUUUAAUAAGGUAUCAGAAUAAAAAAAAAACCAACCCCAAAGUAAGAACCCAGAGUAUCAAAUGUCACUAACAUUAGGUACAGCAUGUAUGUACAUCAGAAUCUUGGACAGGAGCAGGGGGAGAUUUAAGGAGAAGCUUUUAGUGACAUCUCCAUACCCUGAAUUGCUCUUGAAGUCUGUAAUCUUUUCUGGUUGAUAUGAUCAAACAUGUAUUCUUCAUAGCCUUACAACGCUGCAAUCAUAACAGCUACACCCGUAGCUAACACUUCAUAAAAGGUCUGUAUUUGUCUGGUAAGGAAAAACUGUUACCUCUUAACUGGAAUUACCAAAUGUACCUUGAAACUGAAUGAAUGCAUGUUGUCCAAAGGUGUUUUCAGUUUUGAUUUAAAAGGUGGUUGUGGUAUGUCACAUUUCAGCAAAGGGGGGUUGCUUUUUGGGGGGUUUGGUUGGUGUUUUUUUUUUUUUUGUUUCAAAAAAAGUUGCAGUAACUGGAAUUUAAGUUCAUAUUAUUUCUAAUAUUUAGAGUUCUGCUCUGAUUUUGGUUUUGAGUGAACUGAUACAUGUAGCAAUUUGUUCACCAAUAUUAAUUUGCUAAGUUUUAAAACAAACAAAAGAAUAACACACCCAAACCCUAAAUGGUGUAAGUAGUAAUAUAUUGCAGAAGACACAGAGACUGCCUGUGUGUCUAAGUGAACUUUUCAACUAUAAUCUAAUCGGGUUACCUUUUAAAGUCAGUGUUUAAAAAGUAUUAUAAAAACAAAAAAGCAUUGUUGCAUAUGUCCGUGUUUGAUUUGAAGUCUAAUUUUCCAUGUGUUUGCCAGUAACAAGGUUAUGAACUCGUUACUUGACUUUUUUUUCUGAAAUCUGAUACAUCUGCUUCUAAGCUUUGACAGGACAGAAUAAAGUCGAUUUUGCACCUGUGAAUAAAUGUAAACAUUUGAGAAUCUUUAAUUUGAUCAAGUUUAUUUCAAUACAGUGAAGAGUGUGUUUAGAGCUUUGUCUUAUUUAUACUGGGAGCAAGACCAGCCAUUUACAGACCAUCAAUAAUCUGAGUUACUGAAAAUGUUUUUGGGAGCAGUUGUAGUGCCUGUACAAUAAUUGUGCUGCUGUUUUAAGUCACUAAGCUACUAGAAAAUUGUUAGCUGUAAACCAGACUAAAUUCUUAAUGCUUAUUUUUCAUUUCAUUAUGAAUGUUAGUCACAAUUUACAGCUUUGACUUUUUACAUGUUUUUUUUUUUUUCUGGCUUUUAUAAGCACUUAGGACUGUACUGUAAAAGGUUUUAAAACUUUCAUCACCAUUCCUUUAGGUGAGACAUACUUGUGUCACCAAACCUAUGUGCUGCUCUUGUAUACCUCUGGAAAUGUGUCCCAAUGAAUGACAGUUGAAAAUAGAUUCAUUUUUAUGUUAAAGUAAAAUUGUUUUUCUGUCUUUUUAGAGCCAGAACUUUAAACUAGUAUUCUUAGUAGAAUCCUUAAAAUCUUCAAAAGUUUAUUUGAAAACCUUUUACAAAUAUUUUUCUGAUGUAUAUUCUUAUUUAUGGAAAAAUUUAUUCCAAGCUUUUAAUCAGCUCAUUUAUUUUAAAGCUUAAAUAAAAUCUACAAAUGUCAUCUUGUUAUUAAAAAUUACUGGUUUUAAAAAUAUAUUUUAAGCAUUUAAGGAGAAAAUUCUAUAGCUCUUACUUAAGCAAAUCUGCCCAGCACCUCAUUUUUUCAGGUAUCUAAGCAGGUAACUGCCUCAAAUGCCUUGUUGCAUGAAAACCUGAGUCAAAGCUGUGAUGUUUUGACUUUAAUUUCACUUAAGAUUUAGGGUCUCAUUUUGCAUUCUUAAAUGCAAACAGAUUUUGCUACUCCUGCUGUCAUAAACAAAUCUUGUAAGCAUGGCCUCCCUACAGUUAUUGGCAGGUUGUGGUCUAGAUUCUGUAGGAAUCUGUGUGUUAUCAGAGCUAAUUUUGUGUCUACAGAUGUCAGGAUUGGCACACACAAACUUGUUAUUCUGCUGCACAUCAUUUUGGUUCCUCCUUCCAUACCCAGUUAUCCUUGGCUUUGCAUUAUCCUUCUGCUGUAGUACCAAACGUAAUGUUCACAGUAAUAGUAGGGACCGUGGCUGACCUAGUGAAGAUACACGGCAGCUGUCCUGUAGACUGUUGUUCUAUGGAAGUUUCGCGUGUUUGUAGAAAUACCAGCAAAGACUUUUCUUCCCUCCAACUUAAAUAAUUUCAGGGUAUGUAAAGUACCAAAUGUGCAAGUGUGUUGACAUUUAGUUUUGUAAAAUCUUAAGUGCACUAUUUUGGGAUCAAUUCACUAUUUUCCACUUACGCCGCUUUGAGUGUGAAAGCAGUAUUUGAGUCUGCAGCAACAGACAACUGAAAUAUUUAAUAGAAAUCUACAAGUAGUAGAUGUGACAUGUAUCAUUAGAGUGCCAGACAAAUUGGAAUGUGAAAUUCCUCACUGUGACUUUAAACUUGUAGCUUUCUAGAGAAAAAAAAAAUUACUGUGCCUUAAAUCAGUAAAUGAAUACGCUCUCACUGUAGCCUAUGGACUUCUGUAGCCUUAUAUUUGAUUUUUGAAGUUGACCAAAAACAUUUGUGUGGAUCAUAUUGAAACUUGAUUUGGGGAGGAUACUUCUAAAAAUUUAUUUUGACCCCAUUUUGAUGCUACACUUACAGAAAUGAAGAUUUAUGACAAAUACCAUGUAUCUGUGGUUUGGAGUCACCUCAGCUGAAGUCAGAAAGCUUUAGCUGACUUUGAUUUCUCAAGUUUUUUUUUGUGACAAAAAGAAAAAUAAUGAAGGAGAACUAGUCUCAGAUAUGUGUCUUAACUUCAAAGUUUGUGUGUCAAAUUAUUUUUUAAAAUUUUGUUCUUUAGUUUCUUUAAAAUAAAGAAGUAGUCUAAUUGUACUUUAAGCAAAAUAUUGUAUUUGAGCCAUUGAGUAUCAAUAUUUAUGCCAGUGUGAGAAGACAACUAGACAGGGAUGGGGUUGGUUGGUUGUGUUAAAGCUCCAGAAGUUCUGAAUAACAAUAUAUUUAACUUCUUAGGAAAAAUAUUCAUAUAUAAAACCCUGAAAAGUGUUUGGGGAAAAAAGAAAUUUUAUACGUUCUGUUCUUCUCAAUUGCAAUAAAGAAAACCAGACAUACUCAAGAUGUUAAAAUCUUGUUUUGAAACAGUAGAAGGAUUUCUUAUGUAUAUUUUUUAAUAUGAAGAGCUCAGGAAAAGCUACCAUUGGCUUUCCUUAUGUGUCUCUACAGGUUUCUCUGGAGAAAAACUCUGACUUGCCUCCCUCCCCCUGUAUUAGUAGCAUGCAGCACUGAAUCUUGAAUAAAGAUACCAUCUCAAAACUUAUAAAUGGACUGUGGAUAUUGAGAUAUGCACACAAAAUGACUGCAUGUCCACUGAUCACAAUAAUGGUUUGAAGCAACACAAAUCAAAGUUUAAUAACUUUUUAAUUUAAAAAUAACUUGAACCUGGUUGCCACAAUGCUGCUGAUGCUGUGGCACAACAGGUAGCAUGCAAUUUUUGUCUCCCCUGCUACUUCCUUCUGUAUGUUAGUUUAGGAUUUUAAAAACUCUAAUUCCAGUCACCUAACUUUUCUUUCUUUUGUGAUGAUGUUGAUUUCCUAGCUACAGGAAUAUUCUAGUAUUAAAAUAAUUGAGAGGGCAUAACUACCUUUAAGCCCUUUGUACACGAUGAUUAGUCUAGAAAAACUGUGUAACCUAGGCUUAGUAACUUGAUUCCCUACUUAGCUUUUAAUUGUUUUUCCAAGCACAAAGACAGAAUAAUGUUGUCAAAAAUACCUGUUUUGAGUAAGGGGAGGGGGGGACUGUUGUUUGGUUGGUUUUAAGAGGACUUAAAACCUUGAAGAAUACUCAUAUAAUUUUUUGAAAACUCUAUCGCUUCACAAGCAACCUGUCUUACGUGUUUUUAACUCUUCCUCUGUUUCCAGUUCUUACAUAGCUAGCGUAAAUCUGGUACUAUAGGUGGAGCUAACUCUUAAUAGUUACAGGUUUCUAGAGGUGUUGACAGGGUCUUGUCUAUAAAUGUUUGAAUAAUGCUAUAAUAAGUUAUUGUGCUUAUUAAAAUGUUUAUAACUGAAUUCUCAGAUACAGAUGCAAUGUGUGAUAAGCCUUGGCGAAGUCCUUGUCUUGCGAGAUGCUGAGAAAACUUUGGAGAAUACGUAUCUCCAGAUAACGUUGAAAUUUCUGAAAGUGGAAAUCUCAUCAUCUUUAAAAACUAUGCUUUUAGAUACUGGUGCUUUUUUGCUGAAGGUGAGGGCAACUUGAGCAGGAGCUACUCUGGGAUGUUUGUGUUUUGUUUGAUGGUUUCCCUGUCUGCAGCGUAUACUUCACAUUUUUUUGUCUUUUUUUUUUACCUAAGUGUGCAUGGCUUAGAGUACACUGUAUAGCACAUGCUCUGCUAAAUAAACACUUCUGGAUAUUUUGGUAUGGUGUUUUAACAUGGUUGCAUUAGUACAAAUGGUGGUAAUUCACAAAAAAUGCCACUUACCAGUCAUACUCUGUAGAGUGUUGUGAAUGUUACCUGUACUUCUGUGUACAAACACGCUAAUGAGUGUCGUCAUGAACGUUUGCCUUCCAGUCUUUGCUCAGGUACUCAUGUGGAGCAGUUUGGUACUUUUCCUUCUAACUUGUAUUACUUAGGAUUCUAAGCAGAAAAUAAAAACGGUGAACAAAAACAUUGUACUUCAAGUAACAGACACUUUUUUUCACAUCUCAGGUAGAACACAAUAAAGAUCAUGCCUGACAAAGCUUGCCUCUAUAUCUUAACUCAUGCAUCUGAGGCUGUUACACCUGCCUUGCUGUCAUGAAUGGGAAAUGCAUUAAAAUAGAAAAUGUUUGGUGAAUAAUAUAGAUUAUGUAGAGCAUCAUAUGUAUAAAACUCAUUCUCAGCUAAACAAAUUAAUUUUAAAUUUGCCUUUUGUUCUCGAACAAGAUUUUUACCUUUUUGAAGUAACUUCCAUGAAACUGAACAAACAAUGUUUAAAAUGUACAUGAAUACUACUUACUGUGCCAUAAGGCUAUAUAAAUAGUGCAGGCACUUUCAAAAGAUUUGAUCUACUGAAGAUGUGUGUCUACAUACAUAAUUUGUCAAGAAAACCUAGUGCUUCAAUAUGGUUGCAUUAAAAAGGCGGCACUGACAUCUGGCUGGGAAUCCAUUUGCUAAACUAGCUCUUGUUCUCAAAGGAGGAUGCAGUUUUGUCCAAUCAGGGUAACUAUACUAAUAGUAUUUUAAUAUGAAUGUGUUCUACUUAUAUUUGACUUUCAGUGAAGGAAAGAACUAUAAUGAAACCAUCUUUAAAAAAAACAACCAAACAAAAACCCACCAAAAAAACCCCCCUAUUAAAAUGAGUACCAAGUCUAAAUAGACUUUUAGCUCAGUUUUUCAAGCACUUUUAGCUCAGGAAGCAACAAUACAGGUUUGUAGGAUUAUUUUUUUUUCAAGACAACUCACAGAAAAUAUACGCUAAUGAAAACUCUUGCAUAUCUGCAUACUUCGUCAACCAAACUACCUCAAUUUCUACAGUAACAACAGUAAUAAAACUGGUUUAAAAUUUACAGAUGACUCUGGUACAUUUUACUAGCUAAAUAUACUCUAUCCCCCGGUUUUUUCUUUCUAAAUAUAUGAAACGAAUAUCCCAAAGUGUAAAUGAAGCCUUUUCUUCUUCCUGUCAUUUCCUUUAGAGGAACAUAUUUCUACUUCUGGUUGAUUUAGAAGGUAAAUUAUGCACAAAAAUAAACUAGAAAUAAGUCUUUACCUAGAAGAUCAACAAAGAAAGUUCUCUUAUAUUGGGGCCUGCCUUUUUACAUAGUUCUGUUGCUACUGCUGUUCUGGUUCUUGAUGAGUCUACUGUCUGGAAGUUGUCUAUUAUGAAAAGUAAGUGAUGGCUUUUGAUGGAUUUUCUUUUUUGUGUGUGUCAUUUUUUUUAUUCCAAGGCUGCAGAAUAAUAUACAAGCUGGAUAAGUUGACCUGUAUUUUUGUAUGUUACUGCUGUCAAGAUAACUUUGUUUACUGUGUUGCUAAUGAUGUUUGGAUGUCCAUGACUUUGCCUGCCUGGAAGGGUGGUUUUAGGUUUUUGGUUUGCUUUCAAAAUUUAAACCAAAGAAAGAUGUAAAGCUUCUAGUCAGAAAUAAACAUCUAUAAUCUGAAGUAAGGUAAUGGCCAAAAAUCUUUAGUUUUACCAUGUCUAUUUAGAGAUGUAUUUUAUGUGAUACUAACUAAAGUGUCGUCUAAAUAGUGGAGAGAAGAACAUAAUGAAAUUACAAGCAAAAAUUUGAGCGGCUUUGAGAUGAAGAAUGCUACGAAAUAAGGCCAAGGUAAAUUAUCAUAGUCCUCCUUGCAGUCUUUGUCUUAGUUUCUAGUCUGACAGGAGGAUAUUGACUGCCGAUAAAAUCAGGGUAGGAAAGCAACACUUCCAUUAAAAUGUUAUGAUUUUGGAUCUUGAAACAGACUUUACUUUUCUCUCUCUCUCUCCAGCAUCAAGAAAAUGAUCCAUAUCUCAUCUUGCUUGAAAACCAUUCAACCAGCUGUAAUUAUCUGUUAGUCACCAUUGUAGAGAUAUGGCUAAUCACUUUUAAUUAAAAGUAAUAUUUUGAUAUA